AUGGCAGUGAGGUUGUGUUCCUUUGGGUUUGUGCUGUUGGUAGUGUUUGCACAUUAUGCUGAUGCACAGCCUAACUGGAGAUUUCCUCCAUACGACAACCCCCAACCCCAAGUUACAGCCUCUAAGCCUAGGCAGCCCCAGUGGCCAGAGCCCCAGUGGCCACAACAGCAGACUCCCCAGUGGCCAAAGCUGCAGAAUCCCCAGUGGCCACAGCUGCAGACUCCCCAGAGACCAGAGCCCCAGGGGCCACAGCUGCAGACUCCCCAGGGACCCCAGCUGCUGACUCCCAAGACACCAGAGCCCCAGGGGCCACAACAGCAAACUCCCCAGAGGCCAGAGCCCCAGAGGCCACAACAGCAGACUCCUCAGAGACCAGAGCCCCAGGGGCCACAGCUGCAGACUCCCCACAGCCCCGAGCUCCAGUGGACACAGCCCCAGGGACCACAGCUGCAGAAUCCCCAGUGGCCACAGCUGCAGAAUCCCCAGAGACCAGAGCCCCAGGGGCCACAGCUGCAGAAUCCCCAGAGCCCAGAGCGCCAGGGGCCACAGCUGCAGACUCCCCAGGGACCACAGCUGCUGACUCCCCAGAGACCAGAGCUGCAGAAUCCCCAGAGACCAGAGCCCCAGAGGCCACAGCUGCAGACUCCCCAGAGACCAGAGCCCCAGGGGCCACAGCUGCAGACUCCCCAGGGACCCCAGCUGCUGACUCCCAAGACACCAGAGCCCCAGGGGCCACAACAGCAAACUCCCCAGAGGCCAGAGCCCCAGAGGCCACAACAGCAGACUCCUCAGAGACCAGAGCCCCAGGGGCCACAGCUGCAGACUCCCCACAGCCCCGAGCUCCAGUGGACACAGCCCCAGGGACCACAGCUGCAGAAUCCCCAGUGGCCACAGCUGCAGAAUCCCCAGAGACCAGAGCCCCAGGGGCCACAGCUGCAGAAUCCCCAGAGCCCAGAGCGCCAGGGGCCACAGCUGCAGACUCCCCAGGGACCACAGCUGCUGACUCCCCAGAGACCAGAGCUGCAGAAUCCCCAGAGACCAGAGCCCCAGAGGCCACAGCUGCAGAAUCCCCAGAGACCAGAGCCCCAGGGGCCACAGCUGCAGACUCCCCAGGGGCCACAGCUACAGACUCCCCAGAGACCAGAGCUCCAGGGGCCACAGCUGCAGACUCCCCAGAGACCAGAGCCCCAGGGGCCACAGCUGCAGACUCCCCAGAGACCAGAGCUCCAGGGGCCACAGCUGCAGACUCCCCAGAGACCGGCGCCCCAGGGGCCACAGCUGCAGACUCCCCAGAGGCCACAACUGCUAACUCCCCAGAGACCAGAGACCCAAGGGCCACAGCUGCAGAUUCCCCAGAGACCAGAGCCCCAGGGGCCACAGCUGCAGACUCCCCAGAGACCAGAGCCCCAGGGGGCACAGCUGCAGACUCUCCAGUGGCCAAAGCUGCAGAAUCCCCAGUGCCCACAGCUGCAGACUCCCCAGAGACCAGAGCCCCAGGGGCCACAGCUGCAGACUCCCCAGGGACCACAGCUGCUGACUCCCAAGACACCAGAGCCCCAGGGGCCACAACAGCAAACUCCCCAGAGGCCACAACAGCAGACUCCUCAGAGACCAGAGCCCCAGGGGCCACAGCUGCAGACUCCCCACAGCCCCGAGCUCCAGUGGACACAGCCCCAGGGACCACAGCUGCAGAAUCCCCAGUGGCCACAGCUGCAGAAUCCCCAGAGACCAGAGCCCCAGGGACCACAGCUGCAGAAUCCCCAGUGGCCACAGCUGCAGAAUCCCCAGAGACCAGAGCCCCAGGGGGCACAGCUGCAGAAUCCCCAGAGCCCAGAGCGCCAGGGGCCACAGCUGCAGACUCCCCAGGGACCACAGCUGCUGACUCCCCAGAGACCAGAGCUGCAGAAUCCCCAGAGACCAGAGCCCCAGGGGCCACAGCUGCAGAAUCCCCAGAGACCAGAGCCCCAGGGGCCACAGCUGCAGACUCCCCAGAGACCAGAGCCCCAGGGGCCAAAGCUGCAGACUCCCCAGAGACCAGAGCCCCAGGGGCCACAGCUGCAGACUCCCCAGAGACCAGAGCCCCAGGGGCCACAGCUGCAGACUCCCCAGAGACCAGAGCCCCAGGGGCCACAGCUGCAGACUCCCCAGAGACCAGAGCUCCAGGGGCCACAGCUGCAGACUCCCCAGAGACCGGCGCCCCAGGGGCCACAGCUGCAGACUCCCCACAGGCCACAACUGCUAACUCCCCAGAGACCAGAGACCCAAGGGCCACAGCUGCAGACUCCCCAGAGACCGGCGCCCCAGGGGCCACAGCUGCUGACUCCCCAGAGGCCAGCAGUAACUAAAACUCCAGAUCGGCGAUGCCAAGUAGAGGCUAAGGAUACAGUGCAAUGUGGAACGCCUAAAAUUACUCCUGCUCAAUGUGAGGCUAUCGACUGCUGCUUCAAUGGACAGCAGUGUUACUAUGGGAAGGCAGGUGAGCGUCUGAUAGAGCUUCUUCUUCCUUGUAAUGCUCUGUAUUUGAACAAAACAUUUACUUUUUCUCUCUUUCCCCAGUGACUGUGCAGUGUACCAUGGAUGCUCAGUUUGUUGUGGUGGUGGCCAGGGAUGCCACUUGGCCCAAAAUAGACAUUGAUACCAUCAUUCUGCUGGGGGGAAACAACGGCCCCUGCAGUCCUGUUGGCAUCACUUCAGCCUUUGCCAUAUACCAGUUCCCUAUCACUGCCUGUGGCACCACUCUGAAGGUGAGUAGAGAGAGAGAAUAUUAAUUGUGUACACUGGUUCAGUAUUAAAGGCCCAGCGUAUUCAGAAACGUGAUUUUCCUGUGUUUUAUAAAUAUUUCCACACUAUGAGAAUUGAAUAAUAGUGUGUAAUGACCUUUUAGUGUAUGAGUUGUUUGAAAAGACCGCCUGAAAUUUCAGCCUGUUUUGGUGGGAUGGAGUUUUGGCCUGCCUGGUAACAUCACCAGAUAGUAAAUUAGUUAAUAGACCAAUAAGAAAGAAAGUUCCAAAUCUCUCUGCCAAUAACAGCUCGUUUUCAGUUUUCCCCUCCCCACUCAGACCACUCCCAGACAGUCCUAGCAAAAUUCUUGCUUGAGACGCUGCUCUUUGCUAAGAAGCUAUUUUUGUUUCUUUUUGACCAUUUUAAUUUAAACCAAUCACAGUAAGGUACUUCAUUGUUACCCAGAAAUUAUUUGAAAGAGCUAAAAAUGUUGGCCGUUUAAAGGGCAAUUCCUCCACUUUUCAACCCCAUUUUCAUAAUCUCCAGCACCAGUGUCUAUAUAUGUGAAAACAGAGCGUUUCUAUGAUCUGUGGUUAAAAAGAUAAGAAGAGCGAGCCUUAAAAAAUGCUUCUCUGUGACAUCACAAGGUAGGAUUAAAAGUAAAAAAACAGUGAUUUUCAAAUCCUGCAUCGAGUUUCUAGCCCAAGCAGGGCUCUGAUCUCCCAAAUGAUAAUUGUUGUAAUGAUAAGGCUUCGCUGUACCUUUGUUUCCAUGUGCAGAUUCGAUAGAGUCAUGGUUGCACCAUUACUACAGCAAAAAUUGCUUGUUUCUAGCCCAACCAGGGCAAAAGAUCUGACCCAUAUUACCGGCACCAUUUUUAUCUUCCUGUAGCGGAUCGCCAGGACUGCAUUUUAUAUUCAUAAACCAUGUCAUGUGCUGUUCUAAAACUACUCGCCCGUUGUUAACCAUUUAUUUACACUUUGUUCAGUCAUGUUACCUCAUUGGCUAGCUAGCUAACUUUACCGGUAUAUCCAAACAUUUGGGGACACAGACAGAAAGGAAAAGGGAUAUCUUCUUCAGGACAUCAAUGAUCAUAGCAAUGAAUGAAUGACAGAGCUCUUUCAUGUCAUCAUCAUAAACCUGAACCUUUUUAAGGAGACAGUGUACAAUUUUCAAUGUAAUGCAUCUCAAUCAGAAAAUAGUGCUUUUACAAAAAAAAACAUAUUUUAACUUUAUUUUAACAGGGAAGACAUAUUGAGACCUAGGUCUCUUUUACAAAUGUGCCCUGUAUGAACAACAUUAAUUUACACAUUAUACCUAAACUAUAUAUAUCAGUGGAGGCUGCUGAGGGGAGGACGGCUCAUAAUAAUGGCUGGAACGUAGCAAAUGGAAUGGCAUUAAACACAUGGAAACAACGGCUCCGCUGCGAAGUGAUAGGUCACACAAGCUCACAGAACGGGACUGCGGAGUGCUGAAGCGCAUAGCGCGUAAAACUGCCUCUGGAAGCAACAUCAGCACAAGAACUGUUCAUCGAGAGCUUCAUGAAAUGGGUUUCCAUGGCAGCUGCACACAAACCUAAGAUCACCAUGCGCAAUGCCAAGCAUCGGCUGGAGUGGUGUAAAGUUCUCUGCCAUUGGACUCUGAAGCAGUGGAAACGCAUUCUCUGGAGUGAUGAAUCACGCUUCACCAUCUGACAGUCAGACGGAUUAAUCUGGGUUUAGCGGAUGCCAGGAGAACGCUACCUGCCCAAAUGCAUAGUGCCAACUGUAAAGUUUGGUGGCGGAGGAAUAAUGGUCUGGGGCUGUUUUAUAUAUAUAUAUAUAUAUAUAUAUAAAUAUUUAUUAUAAUACAAAAACAGUCAUGGGAAGCACAAAUAAAACUUCUCAAAUCACCCAGAAAAACAGUUACAGUGAGGGGAAAAAGUACUUGAUCCCCUGCUGAUUUUGUAAGUUUGCCCACUGACAAAGACAUGUUCAGUCUAUAAUUUUAAUGGUAGGUUUAUUUGAACAGUGAGAGACAGAAUAACAACAACAAAAUCCAGAAAAAUGCAUGUUAAAAAUGUUAUCAAUUGAUUUGCAUUUUAAUGAGGGAAAUAAGUAUUUGACCCCUCUGGAAAACAUGACUUAGUACUUGGUGGCAAAACCCUUGUUGGCAAUCACAGAGGUCAGAUGUUUCUUGUAGUUGGCCACCAGGUUUGCACACAUCUCAGGAGGGAUUUUGUCCCACUCCUCUUUGCAGAUCUUCUCCAAGUCAUUAAGGUUUCGAGGCUGACGUUUGGCAACUCGAACCUUCAGCUCCCUCCACAGAUUUUCUAUGGGAUUAAGGUCUGGAGACUGGCUAGGCCACUCCAGGACCUUAAUGUGCUUCUUCUUGAGCCACUCCUUUGUUGCCUUGGCCGUGUGUUUUGGGUCAUUGUCAUGCUGGAAUACCCAUCCACGACCCAUUUUCAAUGCCCUGGCUGAGGGAAGGAGGUUCUCACCCAAGAUUUGACGGUAAAUGGCCCCGUCCAUCGUCCCUUUGAUGCAGUGAAGUUGUCCUGUACCCUUGGCAGAAAAACACCCCCAAAGCAUAAUGUUUCCACCUCCAUGUUUGACGGUGGGGAUGGUGUUCUUGGGGUCAUAGGCAGCAUUCCUCCUCUUCCAAACACGGCGAGUUGAGUUGAUGCCAAAGAGCUCCAUUUUGGUCUCAUCUGACCACAACACUUUCACCCAGUUCUCCUCUGAAUCAUUCAGAUGUUCAAUGGCAAACUUCAGACGGGCCUGUAUAUGUGCUUUCUUGAGCAGGGGGACCUUGUGGGCAUUGCAGGAUUUCAGUCCUUCACGGCGUAGUGUGUUACCAAUUGUUUUCUUGGUGACUAUGGUCCCAGCUGCCUUGAGAUCAUUGACAAGAUCCUCCCGUGUAAUUCUGGGCUGAUUCCUCAACGUUCUCAUGAUCAUUGCAACUCCACGAGGUGAGAUCUUGCAUGGAGCCCCAGACCGAGGGAGAUUGACAGUUAUUUUGUGUUUCUUCCAUUUGCCAAUAAUCGCACCAACUGUUGUCACCUUCUCACCAAGCUGCUUGGCGAUGGUCUUGUAGCCCAUUCCAGCCUUGUGUAGGUCCAAAAUCUUGUCCCUGACAUCCUUGGAGAGCUCUUUGGUCUUGGCCAUGGUGGAGAGUUUGGAAUCUGAUUGAUUGAUUGCUUCUGUGGACAGGUCUUUUAUACAGGUAACAAACUGAGAUUAGGAGCACUCCCUUUAAGAGUGUGCUCCUAAUCUCAGCUCGUUACCUGUAUAAAAGACACCUGGGAGCCAGAAAUCUUUCUGAUUGAGAGGGGGUCAAAUACUUAUUUCCCUCAUUAAAAUGCAAAUCAAUUUAUAACAUCUUUGACAUGCAUUUUUCUGGAUUUUUUGGUUGUCAUUCUGUCUCUCACUGUUCAAAUAAACCUACCAUUAAUAUUAUAGACUGAUCAUUUCUUUGUCAGUGGGCAAACGUACAAAAUCAGCAGGGGAUCAAAUACUUUUUUCCCUCACUGUACAUUCAUCCACAAAUAAGUCCCCAAUCAAUACUUUAAAUUGCCCGAACGGCACCAGAACAUCAAGAAAUGUAUUUAGAAUUUUGUGCAUUAAAACUAAAAGCAGAUUUAUCUACCUUGGUGGAGACCCUAGGAACCUCAAAAGUUAACCAAUCCUGUGAACAGGUUAGGCAACUCAGGUGUCUAUACUUCAACAGCAAAGUUAGAUAAGACGGAAGUUUAUGAAGUAGGGCCUUGUAAACAAAAAGGGAGUAAUGUAGAGAUAUAUGGGUCUUUAGCGAAGUCCAGCCAACCUUUUGAUACGGGAUGCAGUGAUGAGUAUCAAAACUGUCACCUGUAACAAAACAAAGGGCACUAUGGUAGAUGGCAUCCAAAGGUUUAAGAGAAGUAGCAGCUGCACUUAAAAAAAAUUAUAUCACCAUAAUCAAGAACAGAUAAAAAGGUUGACUGAAUAAUCUGGUUCCUACUGCUUAGAGAAAGGCUCAAUCUGUUUCUGUAGAAAAAUACAACUUUAAAUCUUAGCUUCUUAACCAGCUCAUCUAUAUGUUUUUUAAACGUCAAAUCCAUAUCAAUCCAAAGACCUAAGUAUUUAUAUGCGGGGACACGUUCGAUUGGAGAACCAUCUAAUGAGUGAACAUGUAGUUCAUCUGAAACAUUCUUCCAAGAGUUUGAAAACAACAUGUAUUUCAUUUUGCCCAUAUUAACCACAAGUUUUAAAUCAGCAAGGGAUUCCUGCAUAGCUAUAAAAUCUGACUGUAGUUUUGACACAUCCAGAUUAACAGUUGCGGCAAUAGCCUACAUAAUAGUAUCAUCCACAUAUAGAUUGUUUACAAUUUUUAACAGAUUGACCAAUGGUGUUUAUAUAAAUGACUUUGUAAUUUCAAUGACAGGUAUUCGUAUCAAUAUUUUAGAUUUUAUAAUAAACUAAUAUCUUUACAGUAUUAUAUAUUAGUUUCUAGGGCACGUGUUUCAAAAGUAGCUAGAAUUCAUGUAGGCCCAAUAUGAGCUGUAUCUCAAUUUUUAAAAAUCUUAUUUUUUGGUGCUCCUAAAUUUCAUGUGGUGCUCCUAAAUUUUUUAAGUUGGGAGCGCCAGUGCUAUCAAUGAAAAUAUGUCAUUUAGAGCCCUUUUCUUGCUCCCCACGUCACCACGAAUCUCAUAGUGUUUGAAAAUCACUGUUUUUAAAAUGUUUUAAGUUUUUGAUGAUACCAAACUUAGAAAUGUACCAUUUUCACAUAUGUUGACACUGGUAUUGUGCUGGAGAUCCUGAAAAUGAGGUUGAAAAGUGGUGGAGUUGCCCUUUAACUGUGGACUCUCCCCUGCAGGAGGAAAAUGGAUAUAUGGUUUAUGAGAACAGGAUGGCGUCUUCCUAUGAAGUGGGGAUCGUACCCCGAGGCGCCAUCACCAGAGACAGCCAAUUUGAGUGAGUCUUCUAUCUGUAAGAUUGAAUUUACUUUAUUGAUUCCCCAGAGCUAGUUUCCUGCACCCAGAUUUAGCCCAUAAAGUGUUGCUAUUUUACAUUUCAGUCAUUUAGCAGAUACUCUUAUCCAGAGCGACUUACAGUUAGUGAGUGCAUACAUUUUUUUAUACUGGCCCCCCGUGGGAAUCGAACCCACAACCCUGGCGUUGCAAACGCCAUGCUCUACCUAUGCUUCAAGAUCCUACUGUAUCAGUCACUACCAUUGUCUCCCUCUCUAGGCUGCUGUUCCAGUGUAUGUACUCUGCCACUGCGGUGAAGGCUCUGGUUAUUGAGGUGAACACUGUUCCUGCACCCGCUCCGGUUGCUGUUCUGGGACCGCUCAGAGUGGAACUCAGACUGGCCAAAGGAAGAUGUGACACCAAUGCAUGUAAAGAUGGUAAGGUGCAUUUCAUUUCAGGCUUGUUCUGUGUACAUUUGUAGAACUUCAAACACAUCUAUUGUUUAUAUAAUUGACUUUUACAUGUGUUUUUUUCAAUCCUGUCUGACUUCCAGAGUCCAGAGCCUUCACAUCGUUUUACACUGCGGAAGACUACCCUCUCACUAAAGUCCUGAGGCAACCUGUGUACGUUGAGGUGCGCAUCCUGGAGAGGAAGGAUCCCAACCUGGUCCUGAUGCUGGAGCACUGCUGGACCACAUCUGACCCCAGCCCUGUCAGCAUGCCCCAGUGGGACCUCCUCAUUGAAAAGUGAGUAACUACAGUACUAAUCCACCUGAUUUCUGUGCUUGCUGCUCCCUGAUUAUGAAUGUAUUUUGAACAAUAUGUUUGACAUUUCUUCAUUAUGUGACAUCAGAAGGCAUCAUGUACCACUAUGUACACUGAAUAAAAAUGUGAACGCAACAUGUAAAGUGUUGGUCCCAUGUUUCAUGAGUUUAAAUAAAAGAUCCCAGAAAUCUUCCAUACGCAUCUUUUUUUCUUUUUUUUUUACAUCCCUGUUAGAGACCAUUUCUCCUUUGCCAAGAUAAUACAUCCACCUGACAGGUGUGGCAUAUCAAGAAGCUGAUUAAACAGCAUGAUCAUUACACAGGUGCACCUUGUGCUGGGGGAAAUAAAAGGCCACUCUAAAAUGUGCAGUUUUGUCACACAACACAAUGCCACAGAUGUCUAAAGUUUUGAGGGAGCAUGCAAUUGACAUGCUGACUGCAGGAAUGUCCACCAGAGCUGUUACCAGAGAAUUUAAUGUUCAUUUCUCUACCAUAAGCCAUAAUGUUGUUUUAGAGAAUUUGGCAGUACGUCCAACCGGCCUCACAACCGCAGACCACGUGUAACCAUGCCAGCCCAGGACCUCCACAUCCAGCUUCUUCACCUUCGGGAUCAUCUGAGACCAGCCAGCCGGACAGCUGAUAAAACUGUGGGUUUGCAACACCGAAGGUAUUCUGCACAAACUGUCAGAAACCGUCUCAGGGAAGCUCAUCUGCGUGCUCAUCGUCCUCACCAGGGUCUUGACCUGACUGCAGUUCGACGUUGUAACCAACUUUAGUGGGCAAAUGCUCACCUUUGAUGGCCACUGGCAUGCUGGAGAAGUGUGCUCUUCACGGAUGAAUCCCGGUUUCAACUGUACCGGGCAGAUGGCGUCGUGUGGGCGAGCGAUUUGCUGAUUUUAACGUUGUGAACAGAGUACCCCAUGGUGGCGGUGGGGUUAUGGUAUGGGCAGGCAUAAGCUACGGACAACAAACACAAUUGCAUUUUAUCGAUGACAAUUUGAAUGCACAGAGAUACAGUGACGAGAUGAGAUCCUGAGGCCCAUUGUCGUGCCAUUCAUCCGUCGUCAUCACCUCAUGUUUCAGCAUGAUAUGGCACAGCCCCAUGUGGCAAGGAUCUGUCCACAAUUCCUGGAAGCUGAAAAUGUCCCAGUUCUUCCAUGGCCUGCAUACUCACAAGACAUGUCACCCAUUAAGCAUGUUUGGGAUGCCCUGGAUCGACGUGUAUGACAGCGUGUUCCAGUUCCCACCAAUAUACUGUAUAUAGCAAGUUGGCACAGCCAAUGAAAAGGAGUGGGACAACAUUCCACAGGCCACAAUCAACAGCCUGAUCAACUCUAUGCGAAGGAGAUGUGUCGCGCUGCAUGAGGCAAAUGGUGGUCACACCAGAUACUGACUGGUUUUCUGAUCCCCGCCCUACCUUUUUUUUAAAGGUAUCUGUGACAAACAGAUGCAUAUCUGUAUUCCCAGUCAUGUGAAAUCCAUAGAUUAGGGCCUAAUGAAUUUAUUUCAAUUGACUGAUUUCUUUAUAUGAACUGUAACUCAGUAAAAUCUUUGAAAUUGUUGCAUAAUGCGUUUAUAUUUUAGUGUAUUUUGAAUUGAGGCUUUGCAACAUAAUUUUUUUUACAUUUUAGUCAUUUAGCAGACGCUCUUAUCUAGUGAGCGCAUAAUUUUAUUUUAUUUUUUCAUACUGGUUCCCCGUGGGUAACGAACACACAACCCUGGCGUUGCAAACGUCAUGCUCUACCAACUGAGCUACACGGGACAUGAAGUUUUUAUUACUCCUCUCUCUUUCUCCAGAUGUUCCUACCAGAAUGAUAAGUACCAGACCACCAUGGUCCCCGUGGAACUCUCCUCUGGCCUUCUGUACCCCAGCCACCACAAACGCUUCACCCUUAAGAUGUUCACCUUUGUGGAUCACACUCGGGCUCCCCGCAAAGACACGGUAAUUUGCUACCUUUAUUCAUACCUGUUCGAUAUAAUAGACACUACUUGAUAUACUAUUGGCUUUUCAGUAACUUACUUUAUGCCGUACUCUCUUGCCAGAUUUUCAUCCACUGUAGGGUAUCUUUGUGCUACCCUACUCCA